AUGACGCUACAAAGAAUCAGUAAAGAUUACUUAAAGCCCAAUUAUGGGCUUAUCUUACUUAUAGUGUCUUACUUUUUUAACUCUUCUAUGGUAGUUUCUACCAAAAUUCUAGAAAAUGACCCACUAAAAACUUCGCAACCGCGAAUUAAUCCUCUGCAAAUUCUGCUAGUAAGGAUGUCUAUUACGUACUGUUGUACCCUCGUAUAUAUGCAUUGGAAUAAAAAAAGUGUUCCCGACAUUCCAUGGGGUCCGGCAUCAUGUAGGAAAUGGUUGAUACUUCGAGGCAUUAUGGGAUUCUUCGGUGUUUUUGGAAUGUACUUUUCUUUAAUGUAUCUGAGUAUCAGUGAUGCUGUCUUAAUAACCUUCAUGUCACCAACGCUGACUAUUUUUCUUUCGUUUCUGUUAUUAGGUGAGCCAUUCAGUAAACUUGAAGCCUUGGGAUCUAUAAUUUCAUUCUCCGGAGUUGUGUUAAUCAUUCGACCCACAUUUCUGUUUGGUCAACAAACCCAAGGUCAAGAAGCUUCACAAGACGAUAUUGUUGAAACUCAAAAUCCCAAGUUAAGACUUGUUGCCAUUGGAGUGAGUUUAUUGGGAGUUUGCGGACUAAGCAGUGUUUACAUCAUUAUAAGGUAUAUCGGUAACAAGGCACACGCUAUAAUGAGUGUCAGUUAUUUCUCGUUGGUCACCACUGUUGUGGCUGCUCUUGGUGUGAUCCUGAUUCCCUCGAUGACUUUGCAGCUGCCUCAUUCGUGGAAACAAUGGGGGCUGUUCCUGAACUUGGGCGUUUCUGGUUUCAUUCAUCAAAUUUUACUGACGAUGGGAAUUCAAAGGGAGCGUGCAGGCAGGGGCUCAUUGAUGACUUAUACUCAAGUUAUAUACGCUGUUUUCUGGGAUGUCGUGCUAUUUCAUCAUUGGCCAAACAUAUGGACGUGGUGUGGUAUGGCGGUCAUCGUUACUUCUACUAUAUGGGUGAUUAACAUGAGGGCCUCCAAACAAAAUGUUGUAGCCACUAGUGAAUUACUUUCUACGUCGGAUUUUGAAUUAGAUGAGUUAGAAGAUUGA